UUUGACAGAUGGGUGGGAGCUGAUAGCGAAAAAAGUUCGAUUAUUCAUCAAAACAUUCAAAAUUCUGGUAAUCUUUUGCUAGUAAUUUGUGAUUAAGGUGUUAAAAAUUAGUAUUUAAGUUUUCUAUCGUUCACUUGGCGUUAAUUGAGCCUUCGCAAUGGCGAUUUUCGAGUGGCGAAAGUUUACCUUUUUCGACCUGCGGAAGGGCGUCGACAAGGACCGGGUCGCGGAGACGCUGCAGGACGCACGCAUCACGGCCACCGCCAGCGGUAACAACGUGAUCGUGAUGUGCGACUCGGAGGGGAUGAUCCACAGCUUCAACCGGAGCUGGGAACCGAUCUCCUUCAAGGGCCACGAGGGCUCGAUUCUGCUGUGCGACAUUUCCAAACAGAACAACCUGCUGGUUACGGUGGGCGAGGACAUUAAUGGACCCUCGUUUAAGGUGUGGAAUUUGGGGAAGGUGACGGCGAUUGCGGGGGCGCAGUGCUUGCGGACGGUGCGGACGAUGGUGUCGGUGCCAAGUGCGCUUGCGGUUUCCGAAGGCGGACAGUUUAUGGCGAUUGGGUUUGCCAAGGGGAACAUUUCGCUUUACAGGGGGGAUGUUAGUAGGGAUCGGUCGAAGACGCUGAAGCAGCUGACGGCGGGGACGGCAUCGAUUAGCGGGAUUGCGUUUAAGCACUUUAAUAAGAUAACGCAAAUGUUUGUCUGCUCCGAUUCGGGGGUGUAUUUGUACAACCUGCAGAGUCGUGACAAGGAGAUUCGGAUAAAUCUGGACACGAUGCAAUCGCCGGUUGGUUGUUGCGCGCUGCAAACCGGUCACAACGAGGGCCACUUUAUGGUCGGGCGAGAUGAUGCCGUGUAUUGCUACACGUCGGAUGGGCGCGGGCCGUGUUACGCCCUGGACGGCAAGAAGACGCUGCUGCAGUGGUUCCGAUCGCACCUGUUGAUAGUGUCGAAGAAUACUCGGGUUAGCGGCUCGAACGGGGCUGGGUUUGUGCUGACCGUGAUUGAUAUUCAGAACAAGUUUAUCGUGUACACGUGUCCGAUUGACGAGGUGGCGGCGAUUCUGACGGAGUUUGGCUCGUGCUAUAUUUUGACUGAGAACAAGCAGAUUUUUCACUUGGACGAGAAGGACCUGCAGAGCAAGCUGAACUUGCUGUUUAAGAAGAAUUUGUACGACAUUGCGGUGCGGAUCGCCAAGAGCAAUCAGUACGACACGGACGGGUUGGCCGGGAUAUUCAAGCAGUACGGAGAUCAUCUGUACAGUAAGGGGGACUUUUCCGGGUCUGUUGAUCAGUACACCAAGACGAUUGGAUUUUUGGAGCCUUCGUACGUGAUUCGACGCUUUUUGGACGCUCGUCACAUUCACUACUUGACGGAUUACCUGCAGGCGAUUCACAAGUCUGGUCGUGCCAGUGCGGAUCACACGACGCUGCUGCUGAACUGCUUCACCAGGUUGGACAGGACCGAGCAGUUGAAACAGUUUUUGGAGAACGAAAAUAAGCUGAACCUGUUCGACGUUGACGUGGCCAUCAAGGUCUGUCGUAACGCAUCGGUUGAGCAGGCUCUCGCGCUGGCCAAAGCGCACGGCAAGCACGAUCUCUGUCUGAGCAUCCUGACGGAAGAUCUGUGCCGUUACGAGGACGCCCUGAAGUACAUCUCCCAGCUGGAUUUCCACGAAGCGGAACGAAACGUUAAAAAGUACGGCUUUCUCCUGAUGGAGCACUGCCCGGGUCAAACCAUCGCCCUGCUGAAGAAACUUUGCACGGACUACGUCCGCACCGACCUGGGCACGAGCGCCCUGCAGGACCACUUUGGCGAUGACCUCACCUCCAGCUUCCUGCUGGAAAACGGCCUAAACAGCGAGCGCGGCAACCCGGAAGACUUCGUGCAUCUCUUCUCCAACAGCGAACUCCUGAUCGAUUUUCUCGAACAUCUCAUCCUAAAUCUGCCCUCGUGCAGCAAGUUCGUCUACAACAGCCUGAUCGAGCACUAUCUGCACCGGUGGCGCGAAGCCCCGGCCGUGGAGCGCAAGCUGCUCGAUACGCUGAAGCAGAACGCCGACCGGUACGACAAGAGCCACGUGCUGAUCCAGUGCCGGGUGCACCAGUUCUGGCCCGGCGUCAUGUAUCUCUACGAGGAGGACAAACUGCACCAUCUGAUUGUGCGGCACUAUCUGAAGAAUCGAGACUACGAGAACCUACUGGCGUGCUGCCGAAAGUUGGGCCAAAGCGAUGCCUCGCUGUGGCUGUUGGCGUUGAAUGGACUUAAGAACGACCAGGCCGCUCCGCCGAAGCUGCUGUCGCAGGUGCUGCAAGUCAUCGCCCAAGAAAAGCUGCAAGCCCCGCUCCAAAUCCUCAACUGCCUGGCCGUCGAAAGCGGGCCCACUCUCCUUCCCGUCCGGGACUACUUCAUGCAGGUGUUCCAGAAGGAGCAGGACGCAACGCGCCACGACGCGGAACUCACGCGCAAGUACAGCGAAGAGUCGGUCGCCAUCAAGCAGCACAUCGCGCACCUGCAGCACGGCAACGUCGAGUUCCGGAACACGGUCUGCGACACGUGCAAGCAGCCCCUCUCCUGGCCGGCGCUCUUUUUCCUCUGCAAGCACUCGUACCACCAGGAUUGCAUUCGCGGCUACUCGGAAACGGAGCGCGACUGUCCGGUGUGCAACAAGAAGAACAUUCUGCUGAUGGAUGCGUUGCGUGCCCAGAGUGAAUCCCGCGGGCAGCAUGAGGCGUUCCAUAAUCUGCUGGAUCGGUCGCCGGAGCCGUUCUCCGUGGUGGCGGAACACUUUGGGCGGGGACUGUUCAACAAGCUGUUGAUUGUGGAGGAAGAGGAUGGGCGAUCGGAGUCCCUGCUCACACCAACCGACGCCGGACCACGUGCCCCCGCUGCGAAGCAACCAAACCCAAGACCACCGGCCACCGUUGCGCCAACGCCGUACGCCAACUACGGUCCCGGUGCCGAGGCGCGUCUCCGCCAGGACGAAGGCAGUCGCCAACUCCGUCUUGAGGCGCAGGAAACCAGCGAAAUGCGCCUUCGCCUAAUGGAACAGGAACGCAUCCGGCAGCGCCAACAACAGGCCAGCCUCGUGACGACCCAGCAGCAACUGCGUCUGCGCGACGAUCGCAGCCCAAAGCGUCAACAGUCUCCGUACGGCAGUCCCAAGCCGCCGUCUGCACUAGCCUCACAGCAGAAAGUUCCGGCGAAGGUGGUGGCUAAAAAUCCGUUUGACGACGACGGCGGGGAGGAAGUUAGGUACGAUAAGAGCAAGGAUCCGUUUGCGUCCGGGGAACCGACGCCGACGAAAAAGCCGAGCCAGGUGGUGACAGCGUCGGCGACGCCGGCUAGCAAUCCGUUCGAGCAGGACUACGACAGCAGUCUGGAUCCGUUUGCGGAUUAAGAGGAGUUUUGGGGAAUAUCGUGAUGGCAAACAAAAAUAACGAUUCCAGCUGAGCGACAAGUGCAGAGAAAUGCAAUUUGCUGCAGCAUCCAUUAUAACAAUAUGAUAUAAAUAUAAUACAUUAUGAAAUUACGUUUAGAAA